AUGAUUUCUAGUUCAAAUAACUAUGAAUCCGCUGCCAAGGACAUAGAGCAGGAGAAAAGGAUGGUCAAGGCCCUAAAGCGGCUUUCCAUUGGGCAAAUGAUGAACUAUGAUCCUGAUUUACCUGGAGACGAAAUGGGUUUCAUUCACAAUGAGAUGCUUAACAGUAACACACAAGACGAAGAUAGCUUAAGCGAGAAAAGUGAUGCUAGUAAGAAAAUUAAAAGUAGAUCACCGUCACCGUCGUUGAAAAGAACAUCUAGUUUGUCGCGUCGUUUCAGUUUAGGCAAGGAGCUGGACUCUAAUUCUAUACUUCUAGAUGAUGCGGAUUCUGACAUUUUUUUUGAUGCCGAAGAUAAAAAUCAGUUUUAUGAUGCUUCGGAUCCUUUGUUAUGGGUACCUGCAAAUGCUCACCCGGAGGUUGAUCCAGAACAGUUUAGAAUUCAUGUCAAAGUCAUGGUUGACGAGCUAAUGGAGAAAAGAGUAAGCCGCCAAAGCUCCCUCAAAAGAAAGUCAUCCCUUUCAAGGGUAUCACUGUUAUCUGACAAAUCGCCGGAGAGGGCUUCAAAAAGCAGCUCUGCGGAUAGGCAACGCGAUGAAGACGAAGAUAGUCUGUUCCAAGACCAACUGAACAGAUUAAGCAACCCUUCAUUACUAGAACUAUCAAACGAAUUGGAGCAAUUAUCUAAAUUAGCUGGAAUGGAUGCAACUGAUACUGUCACAUUGGCAAGAACAUUAUCCACAGCAUCUCUAGGAUAUACUGACGUCGAAAAGCAAGCGAUUGGUGAAUUGACAUCUCCUCCCCAUACUUCACCAAACCGUUCACCACCAAAGGAAGAACCUAUCCAAGCAAGUGAGCCAAUAUCUCCAAUUCCUAAAAAGCUGCUGUCUGUGCGAACAGCUGGAUCUGGUCAAAUGUCGAGUCUUACUUCUGACUUUGCUUUGAAGAGGAGCAGAAGAAUUGAUUACCGCAAAAAAGCAUUAUCACCAGAUUCAUCUUCGCAAACUAUUAAACAGGAUAGAUUCGUUGAAUUGCGUCAGAACUUGAAAAGUGAUCCAUCUUUAGCUUCUCUGCCAAUUCAAAUGAAAAAACAGCAUUCUCGUCAACGGCAAAGUAACCCAAAAUAUGAGCAUCAACCGCAUAGUUUACAAUACCCUCCACAAAACGUCAAUCACCAUAGGCGACAAAAAAAUCAGUAUACGGCCCUGCAGCAAUCACCUGUACCACAGCUUCAUGGUUAUUAUCAGCUUAAUCAAAUUCCCCGAAGGUCAAGUAAUCAACAUAAACCAAAAGCACGCGACUCUCAGGCUCUCUUUAACUGCAAAAAUUCAGAUGUAAUGCAGACGACUUCUUAUACUUCCCGGAAUGAUUCGCCUUAUCAAGGUAUAGCUUCUUCUAACGUUCCUCUUGGAUAUGGACUUUCAAAAAGGGGUCAUCAAAAUAAAAAAAUUCCUUCAUUUGCAAGCGAGCCAGAACAGGAUUUAAUGCAACAAAAACUGAGAUCCAGGUCUCAUCAGAUGAGGAUGUUACCACGCCAAGCACCACCUGGGCAUCCACAGGUAAUGAAAAGUGAGUUCAGACCAAGUCUUCAGCAACAACCUGUAUCCUAUAAGAAGAUUCACCCUCAGGCUGUAGAGAAGAAUCAUCAUAGAAGAGUUCAGAGAGGAUUACCAAAGGUACCAGGACGGCCAUCUUCCAAGGCUUCACCUAAGGCGCUUCAGCAGUUCCAUGGUCAACAACCCGAAAUAUCAUCGAUUUCUAAUCCAAAGGAAGUUGGGGUUCCAAAUGGGACAACUUCGAAAUUGAAUCAGAAUUUGGACUUACUUAGGUCCGAAAUCAACGAAUUCAAAGAGAGUCUUGUAAAAGUUGAUUCUAGUACAGAGCAAGUUAAUGAAGAAAAGGUGAAGUCACCAUCUCCAGAAGAACAAAGCACUGUCAAUUUCAGCUUUGAUAGCAGCCUUCAAGAUAUCAGUUACGAGGAUUCUUUAGGUAUUGAGAAAGAGGUUUUAAAAGAGCUUGAGGCGGACAAAGAUGACUUUCCUCGCAAAAAGCUUUUCUUUGAUGAAACAGAUACACAUUCGGAUGACCUUUCUACCUUGGUCUCAUAUCAAAGCGGUGAUAAAGGUCAGGUUCGGAAACAGAAUUCAGAAUUAUCUGUGGCUUUAGAUGAUAGGGCCGAAAACUUCUUGACAUUGAAUGAAGGAGACGACCGUCUAGCCAUAAACGCUAGAGAGGAAGGAGUUGAUAUGAAAUUGAAGGGCUCCUUAUUAAAUAGUUUUGAAAAGAAUAAGGAUACUUCUUCAGGUGCAUUUAAUGAUCGAGAAGAUGCAUCCGAAUUAGUGAAGAAACAUAGCAUAGAUUUGAACGUUCUGGUACCAGAAAGACGGGAUAUUGUAACAUCUAAUAAACCAUUACCGAAGCUCAAGUCGGCAGAUGAUUCAGCGUUUACAAGCGAUGAGUCAAGCUUGGAUAGUUCCCCCAAAAAGGAGAAAGUUAUGAAAUCUUUCGGUAACUUACCAAACCAUUCUUCUUCAUCCCUCAGCUCAGAAGAACCUUUCACUGGCACGCGAAAGCUCAAAAAGAAGACAUCAUGGCAAUGGCUCAAGGAAAGGUCAUCAAGCUUCUCAUCGACUGAAACGGCUCAUGGAUCUCACCUGGCGAAGAAUCAAAACGUUCCUUUCAGAUCUCUUUCAACGCCUGAAAUUACAUCCAAUUAUGAAGACGAAGCAAAGAAGAAUAAGUCCACAGAGCCAUCAGGGAAGGAAAAUGUAAUUACAAAGCUAUUUAAAAAGAAAAAAUCCCAACCUCGUCCUUUGCUGCCAACUGAGGGAUCCUUCAAAGAACUGCCAGGAGUGACAGUAGACUAUGAGUCCGAUACCGAAGGUAAGAAACCAACGAAGAGAAAGGGAUUAUUCAAAAAGAAUAAGGCGGGGGCCAUUGAAAAACAGACGUUAGAAAACAAAGAACACAAGAAUAAGAAGAGCUCUCAAGUCGCUCUUAAAACAGCAUUUUCGAAAUCCCGAGACUCUUUCUCGAUAGAUGAUCAUUCUUCUUCAAUAGAUGAAGAAGAUUUAAAUGAAGACAUAAUAAAUUUGGCACCAGAAGACGUUAGCAAAAAUGAAACGUUUGAACCUAAAGAAAUGCAAAAAGUCGAUACAGAGACUACCAACUCACCUGAGGUAGAAGAUACGAAGCUUUUCGAAGAAAACGAAAACGCCGAGGAGAAAGACAUAAUCGUGGAAAAAGAAGAACCUCGCUCAACAAUUGAUAUUCAGGAACAAAUCAAAAAGUCUAUAAAGAGAACUUCUAAAGCAAACCAGCCUCUUACUUUUACCGAUUCUGCUUUUGGAUUUCCAUUACCUCCACCUUCGCAGUCGACUUUGGUCAUGCUUGAUUAUAGAUUCCCUGUACAUGUUGAAAGAGCUAUCUAUCGAUUAUCUCACCUUAAAUUGGCAAAUCCUAAACGAUCUUUGAGAGAACAAGUACUUCUAUCCAACUUCAUGUAUGCCUAUCUCAAUUUGGUCGAUCAUACAUUGCAUUUAGAACAGCAUAUGAAUAAUGAAGGAAAUCAGGGUCCUAAUGAGACAGGAAUCCCGAUUCUAAAUGAUAAUAAUGAGCUAUUGGAAGCCAAAUGA